GAAGCGGGCGGGUUUCCAGCGCCCGGGAGUUUGUGCCGAGGGUGCCCGAGGUGAGUCCGUGCUCAGCCGGCCGAUGCCACCCUCCGUGCAUCCUUCCUUGACACCGGGCGGGUGCAGUCACUGACCCUCUCUGGGAUACCCAGCUCCUCCGCAGGAGAAGGGUUUUCGUGUCUUUGCCUUGUUUUUCUAUUUACUUUUUUGUUAAAGUAAAUAGGAGUAAGAUAGUACUGUGGGCAAGGGAAAGGAGCGCUGGGUCUGUGAGGAGACAAAAGACAUACCCCUCGACCCUGCUGCCUUGAAACAGCACCGGCCGCAGCCAGAGGCAGGAAGGCUGGUUUGCAAAACCUACAGAUAAGAAGACUUCUCUGAGUACUCAUGAGGACAUGAGGACGGCAUUUAUGGCUGAAAUGAAAGCGGAGAACAUCAAGCAGUUUCUUUACAAUUUUACACAGCUUCCUCACCUAGCAGGAACAAAGGAAAAUAUGCAUCUGGCACAGCAAGUCCAAGCUGAAUGGGAGAAAUUUGGUUUGGAUUCAGUUCAGUUGGUUCAUUAUGAUGUCUUGCUCUCUUACCCUGAUGACACUAAGCCCAACUACAUCUCAAUAAUUGAUGAGCAUGGCAAUGAGGUUUUCAACACAUCAUUGUCUGAACCUCCUCCUCCAGGAUAUGAGGCGGUUAGAGAUGUGGUGCCACCCUACAGUGCCUUUUCACCCCAAGGAAUGCCUGAGGGUGAGUUGGUGUAUGUGAAUUAUGGCCGCACCGAGGACUUCUUCACAUUAGAACGUGAGAUGGGAAUCAACUGUGCAGGAAAGAUUGUUAUUGCCAGAUAUGGGAAGAUCUUCAGAGGAAAUAAGGUGAAGAAUGCUGAAUUGGCAGGUGCCAAGGGAAUUAUUCUGUACUCUGACCCUGCUGACUACUGCGCACCUGGAGUAGAUCCUUAUCCAAAUGGCUGGAACCUUCCAGGUGGAGGAGCCCAGCGUGGGAAUGUAUUAAACCUGAAUGGGGCAGGGGAUCCUCUGACUCCAGGUUAUCCUGCAAAAGAAUACAUGUACCGAUUAGACAAAACCAGUGGUGUAGGUCUCCCAAAAAUUCCGGUUCAUCCUAUUGGCUAUCAUGAUGCCGAGUCAUUACUGAGUAAUAUGGGAGGACAGGCACCGCCUGAUAGUAGCUGGAAAGGAAAUUUGAAUGUAUCUUACAACGUUGGUCCUGGUUUUACAGAAAAUUAUUCUACAAGAAAGGUGAAAAUGCACAUUCAUAGCAACAAUGAAGUAAGAAGAAUUUACAAUGUGAUUGGUACCAUCAGAGGCACAGUAGAACCAGACAGAUAUGUUAUCCUGGGAGGCCACCGUGACUCAUGGGUAUUUGGUGGCAUUGAUCCUCAGAGUGGAGCAGCUGUGGUUCACGAGAUUGUGAGGAGCUUUGGAAAAUUGAAAAAGAGAGGAUGGAGACCAAGGAGAACAGUGAUAUUUGCGAGCUGGGAUGCAGAGGAAUUUGGCUUGUUAGGAUCAACAGAGUGGGCUGAGGAAAAUGCCAAAGUAUUGCAAGCACGGGGAGUGGCUUAUAUCAAUGCAGAUUCUUCUGUUGAAGGAAACUACACACUGCGGGUGGAUUGCACACCACUGAUGUACAGUCUGGUUUACAGUCUGACUAAAAAGAUACCAAGUCCUGAUGAAGGGUUUGAAGGAAAAUCUCUUUAUGACAGCUGGUAUAAAAAAAAUCCAUCAAGUGAAUAUAAAGAGGUCCCCAGAAUAAAUAAACUGGGUUCUGGCAAUGACUUUGAAGCAUUUUUUCAACGUCUUGGCAUCGCUUCAGGCAGAGCACGUUACAGUAAAAAUUGGAACGUAGAAAAAUACAGCAGCUAUCCAGUUUACCACAGUGUCUAUGAAACGUAUGAAAUUGUGGAACAGUUUUAUGAUCCCACUUUCAAGAAUCAUCUGACAGUAGCUAAGGUACGGGGAGGGCUGGUGUUCGAAUUGGCCAACUCAGUUGUGCUUCCUUUUGACUGUAGAGAUUAUGCAUCAGCUGUGAGCAACUAUGCUCACAUCAUCUAUAAUUUGUCAAGGAAUCACGAAGAGGAGCUGGCAACAUACAACGUGUCCUUUGAUGCUCUAUUUUCAGCUGUGAAGAAUUUUACAGAAGUUGCUGCUAGCUUUCAUGAGAGACUGCAACAAAUAGAUAUCAAUAACCUGCUUGCUGUCAGAUCACUAAAUGAUCAGCUCAUGUUUCUAGAAAGGGCUUUCAUCGACCCUCUUGGAUUACCUGGCAGGCCAUUCUAUAGACAUAUUAUCUUUGCUCCAAGCAGCCACAACAAAUAUGCAGGAGAAUCCUUCCCAGGAAUCUAUGAUGCCAUGUUUGACAUCGGAAGCAAAGGUGAUCAACAGGAAGCCUGGGAAGAAGUGAAGAGGCAGAUUUCCAUUGCCGCCUUCACUGUGCAGGCAGCAGCAGGAACACUGAAAGAAGUAGCCUAAAUAUGAACAAUAUAGUCGUCAAUGAAGACUAAAUGUGACAGUUUGCAGAAGCCUUAAAAAUGGAGCAUUUGAAAACACUAGGAGGAUUAUGACAAAGAAUGAAAAAAUCAAAAAAAUUUUGGUCUUUGCAAAUAAUAUACACAGGUGGGAUUCAUUUAGUAAUGUUAACAAGGUAAUGUGCUCCAUUCUGAGAGCUCAGAAUUUAGAUUUGAGACUGAAUUGAGACUGAUAAUGUUUCUGGUUUUCUCUCAGCUUUGUAUUUUAAGAAUUGCUGACCACUGGAUUUAUUUUCAGAGUUUUGAAUUUUUCUAGCUUGAUUAUCAUAGUGAUCUCCAUAGUUCUUCAGGAAAACAGAAUUAAUUUCAUUUUUUCUAUCAGUUACUAAUUUUGGUGUUGCCUUUUUGUUAUUUACCCUGGGUUUGGAUAAUUUUACCUCAAGACAGACCUCUCAGCCCUCCUUUUUCACAAAGACUGAGAUGGAUAUGGAGAUGGGAAAACUGUCACAUACCGUGUGCAGCAUGUAUAAUAAUCAUAACAAGUUUUGGGCAGCCAGCCCAGAAUAUUCAUCCAUGACAUUCUCUUCCUCACAUGCUGAACCUUGCAGCUGUUUGCAAAUAAAUUUAAGCAAGAAGUUUUUAGUCACUGGAAUAAAGACAAAGCAAUACAUCUUGUCAGACAUAGUCAUCCCACAAAACGUCUUUCAAGAUGACCUAUUGUUAUUCUUUUAACCAAAAUCUCCCCUUGCUAUGCCUUAUUCCUAUAGAAUUAUUUUUAAUAUGAAGACAGAAGCAAAUAAAAUUUAUCAUGUCCUUAGUUUGAAAGGUUACCAGAUUAUUACCAUUUUUGCAGAGUCUAUGUUUGAUUAUCAUAUGCUGCUUACUCUUAUGAUGGACCGUGGGACAACCAAGAUCAGACAGAGAAGACUCAAAAUCAGAUCCCUUCAUCUGAAAUUUUGCCACUGGACUAUUACUAACCUCUUAUACAGCUAAUAUUUUGUGUGAUUUGAUGUGCCAUGUUAGCUGAGGCCUCUACCAUGUCUUAAACUACUGUCCUGUGAUCUGAUGGUUUUCAGUGCCAUGGCAUAUUAUUUUCUUUUCCAUGAGGCUUCAUUUAAUAAUAAAUUUUUCUGCACUUCACAGUAAAAUCUUUUAGACAA